AUGGAGGAGAUCAUGAAAAUGUCCGCGCCGGUUCCCAACAACUUUGACGCCGAGAACGCGGACAACCUCGAAGAUAUCGAGAAGCAGUUCGCCGUCAAAGCCGUCCAGCACCUGGAGACCUACUGGGCCAUUCUUCAAAAGGUCAAAGGCUCGCUGUUGCGCCUGACGCGCAUGGACAACGACAUCUACGAGCACCUCAAGACCGAAUUCCCCGACUUCGACCCCGCCGCCACUAUCAACGAGAACGAGAUGAAGAGCAAGGCCGGUAAGGACCGGUGGCGCAAGUUCAUGAUGGCCUACGAGAAGAAGGUCGACGACUACAAUUACGGCACCAUGCUGCGGACGAGUCCCAAGGCCGAAUACGAACAAGACACCACCAUCUUUGUACCCAGGAUGCAAUUCUACGCCGUCGAGAUCGCGAGGAAUCGCGCCGGACUGAACGACUGGAUCUACGAAAAGGCACAGGCAGGGAAGAAGGCGUCCAGCACAUGA